UCAUCAUCACCUACCCAAGAUUCUAUGGAGCAAUAGAAACCGCAACAAACACAAAGGUUGCAAAUUUACCCAAAUUCAAACAAUGGGGUCACGCCUUUUUGGAGAGAGAAGUAUGAAAGAGAAGCAAAGAGGUAUUGGGAUGUCUUCUACAAGUGCCACAAGGACAAGUUUUUUAAGGAUAGGCACUACUUGGAUAAGGAAUAGGGAGAUUACUUUUCGAAAAAAAGUGAUUUUGGAGGUUGGUUGUGGAGCCGAAAAUACUAUAUUUCCAGUGAUAGCAUCUUAUCCAGAUGCUUUUGUUUAUGCAUGUGAUUUCUCGCCACGGGCUAUUGAGUUAGUUAAGACGCAUGAAGACUUCAAGGAGUCCCGUGUUAGAGCUUUUGUCUCUGAUUUGAUAGUUGAUGAUCUGUGCAAAGAAAUUCUUCCAUCUUCGGUUGAUAUUGUUACCAUGCCAAAUGGAUAUGUGCUGUUCCGAGAUUAUGCCACGGGAGAUCUUUCCCAGGAAAGAUUUUUAGGGAAGGAUCAAAAGAUUAGUGACAACUUUUAUGUCAGAGGUGAUGGCACUCGUGCUUACUACUUUUCGAACGAGUUCUUGACGAAUUUAUUCAGAGAAAAUGGUUUUGCUGUUGACAAGCACUACAAGAUUAAUAUCUAUUUGAGGGAGUAUUUUAGUGAAGGUUUUUAAAAACCUCCAAAAUACAUUUUAUUUUUGGCAAUUUAAAAAACCUCCACUAAUCAUUAAUUAAAAUUAAAUCUUAGCUUAAUUUUUCCAAUUUUUCAAAAUGGAGAGACUGGGUUAGUUGAGAACCUGAGACCGAGUUAGAGACCCUGCCGUGUAAUUUUUAGGGUUCUACCGCCAUUUUCGCCGUCAUUUCCGCUGCCAUUUUCGCCGCCGGCACCGGCGUCACAGCCGUGUCUGUUGCGAUAGAGAGCUUCUGCCGUGUCCGUUCUAUACUAUUGUUGCUGUCACAGUGGAGUUUCCACCGCCGUUGUUGCUGCCGCUGUUUCCGUCACCACUGCCAUUGUUGUUGCUGCCGCCGUUUCUGUCGUCGUGCCAUGGUAGAACGCUUCUGGAUCGAGCCACCUCUUUUGUCAACGUGUUUUCAGAUCUGUUCGCUCCCAAGCUUCUUCUUCGACGCAACUUUCUCUCCCUCCAUAUUUCUCCUUCGAACUGCCGCUGGUACUUCUUCUUCGUCAUUAAUUUAUUGAUAUCUCUUCUCUAUUAAUAAAUGUCAUUUUAUUUUGAAAAAUUUCAUUUGUCUCUUUAUGUUUCUCUGCGUCUUUGUUAUUUUGGAUUUGAUUAUUUGCUA